AUGACAAACAUCAAGCGCGCGUUUGUGGGCAAGGAGUUUCAAAAUAUUCGUUGGGAUGACGAGAGUUUCGACAUGUACCCCAAAGGCGAUGCAAACGAUAUUCCUGUAACCACAAGCACAAUGCCGGACGCAGUCGAUGCUUCCGAUUUGUUGUUCGGUAUCUCAACGACCUACAAACGCCUCACAUACGCUGAUGACUCCCUCAUCAGGGACUGGCAGCGAUGGCUUACGAAUGGUCAUGGCAGAUCUAACGGAGCGAGCGUAGUUGUGACGCUCUAUCGAGCCACGAGUCAAGAGGCGUGGGAAAUAUACGAGAAGCUGCAAGGUUUCGGCAUAGACGCCACCGUAGUACCUCUGGAGAGAAAACGGGACAAGCCCUCGAGAUAUCUGGACCUGGUCACCAUCCUCAUGGACGUCAACGAUGCGUUGACCGAACAAGAACGUCGCAAGAAAUACUUUGGCCUCCUGGACGACGACAUCUUCUUCCCCACUCCAGGGCAGCUCAUCAAACGACUCUCCCAGUUCGACGCCUCUAGCCCCUAUUACAUUGGGCUUCCUAGUGAGCGGCCAGACUGGUCCGUCGAGAACGACACAGCAGUCACCCACGGCGGCGGCGCGGUCUUCCUCACUCCGCCCGGGGCACUCCUCAUCUCUCACCUUCCGUGUCGUCCCGAUGAAGGAUUUACUGGAAACCACACAAAGUGGGACAGCAUCCUCCACGAGUGCAUGACAACCCAUACCGAUCUCUCCUUCCACGUCCUUCCGAGCUUCUACUCGCCCACAGAUGCCCUCUACAACAUCCAAGCAGCGACAUACGACCUGGGCGUCUCUCCGCUGACCCUCCGGCACUACAAAUCCCGCCACCGCUUCGACCCCAGCCAGGGACACGCGGUGACCUCCGUCUGCGGAGAGGCCUGCUUUCUGCAGCGCUUCCGGUUCGCCGACGACUGGGUGCUGGUGAACGGGUACUCGCUCACGCACUACUGCGCCGGGUCGGAGGUUGUUCCCAUGGAAAACGAUGCGGAUCUUCUGGGGGCUAUGCAGUAUGGCCAGGAGCCCGAGAUGCCGCUUGGAGAAGGCAUUGUACUGCAUGAAACCAGUGAGGAUAAAGAAGUUGUGACGUGGAGGGGCACGAGGAACGUGUGGCUGUUGUUGGAUUCCGUUGUGGGUGAAAAGGGUGAGGUUUGGCAGGUAUAUGUGAAGAGGAGAGGCGGGUCAGGCUUCAUGGACGGAGAGGAGGAGGGCGAGGAUGGGGAUGGUGAUCAUCUUGAUUCUGUUAUUGCUCUCAUUUGGGAGUCUUAG